GAAGGUGGGGAGACAUCCUGCAGCAAACAUGUCAGGCUGUUUGGAGCGUUAUGGGAACAUACUGAAUGUUGACACAACUGGAGCUUCGGAGGCAACUGCGAAACCGGAAGGUCUGAGCUAUGCAGGAGUUCCUGCCUCGGAGAAGAUUGCAGAAAAAGAUUUGAAGAACAUGGAGAAAUACAAAGCCAAGAUUACAAAAGCUGGCAAUAGCAAGUGUGUUGAUCCAGCUGUGAUUGCUGGUAUUAUCUCUCGAGAGUCACAUGCUGGGACAGUGCUGAAGAACGGCUGGGGUGACCACGAAAAUGCAUUUGGUUUAAUGCAGGUUGACAAACGGUACCAUAAGAUUGUCGGGUCAUGGGACAGUGAAGAGCACUUAGAGCAAGGCACAGAGAUUUUAUGUGGGAUGGUAAGGGAAAUCCAGAAAAAAUUCCCAACAUGGACAAAGGAACAGCAGCUCAAAGGUGGGAUUUCAGCCUAUAAUGCAGGAGCUAACAAUGUCCAGAGCUAUGACAGGAUGGAUAUCGGCACAACACACAAUGACUACGCCAAUGAUGUGGUUGCAAGAGCCAAGUUUUAUAAGAGAAAUGGAUACUGAGAUACCCGAGUAA